UACACCCCGGAAGAAAGGGAAAAUGGCUGCUGAGUGGAGAAACGCCACUAGUGAGACUUCGUGUUGAUAUUUAUAUCGUGUUGGUGUUAUAUGUCCGAAAUAUUACAUGGAUUAUUUCACAAAGUGUAUAUAAGGAACAUAAAAUAAGGCACCAUUUCGGACACAGUUGAAUUAAGGCGGAUUGGUCAUACGUGGCUGAGUAAGACAUGUUCUGAUUGGAUCACAGUCUCAGGGGGCGGGGCUUGAGCCAUAUGUAAGUUAGGAGUGAAAACAGUACCGACUUAUAGCAGAAGAUCAGGUACGAUUGUUCCAGCUGGACUUCUUAGAGAUUUGUUUAAGACCUGAAAACAAAGAGACGAAAAUGAUAAACUGGCGGGCUUUGGACAACGUUCCUCUGCUGUUGUACAUCCUGGCAGCCAAGACCCUUCUCUUGUGUCUUGCCUUUGCUGGAGCCAAACUGUAUCAGCAGAAGAAGGAACAAGCAGCCCUAACACAGCAGUUAGAGAUGAAGAGAAAAAUUGCACAGGAAACACAGGAACUUCUUGACAACAAGAAGGAUGACUGAACAUUUGGAGAUGUACGGCCUGACCGUCACACAGAAACUGGUGCAAUUGAAAAAUCUAAAGAUGAGGCCUCAAGUGGAGAUGUUUCAUUCGUUUACGUGGAGCUAGUCAAUGUUGCUUGCUACCUCUUUAUACUACAAACCUAUUUAUUAUGCUGUAAAUUACCCUGUUUGUAAUAUAAAAAAUAAAAGCAAAUGGAUUCCUUUGGA